UAAUCUAGCUUGAGAAUUGAAAAGUGAGAAGUAUUUCUGUAUGCUUCUUUUGAACUGUUUAGUUAACAAAUGACCAUAAUUCGAGUGAUCAAAGUGUAAUUUAUCAUAUUAAACUUGCUUGAAACUUCUUCGAGUAACGUCCCUUCUUCCUGGGAUGGGAGGAUUUGAUUUGAAGUUAUCUAGUAGCCACUAGCUCUAUAAUUAUAAAAUUCACAGAGAUGCUGCUUAGUUUGCCCAGCUCAAGGGUUCCUACUCUCCCGACAAUCAGUUCGCCGAAUCGCAAAUUAGUCGGAGCUUCCGUCGUCCGUUGCGCCGGGAUAGGGAAGAAUGGGGAAAACAAUGCCUCAUCUAAAGGACAAGGAACGUUCCAGAUGCAGGUGGGAAGUAAGGAGAAUCUAGAGGACACUCUAAAAAUCAGGAAUAGUGAAUUCAAAGAGAAAGAUAGUGAUAUUUGGCGACUUUUUAGGGAAGCUCAACAGAAUAUCCUCUUUUUGAACAAGCAACGUAUCAAUGCCUUGGAAGAGCUUGAGAGAGUGAAGAAAGAAAAGGAUUCAUUGCUUGAUAGGGUAGAACAGCUGGAGGCAACAAGAUUGACAAGCACAACAAAAGACAGGCUGUCAAUCAGCUCCAAGUUGCUUCUAAGAAUAGACACGAUGGUUCUCACCAGCACAAUAAGCAGCAAUGAGGCAUCGAAAUUGAGAAGACUAGUAAUGGAUUCAAGAAUUAGUGUGGCUGAAUAUUUUUCUGAUAUCAUGGAUAAAGGAGAUACUGACCUUUUAGCAGAAUUGUGGCAAUUCUCAAAAACAAGCAAAAAGACUGGCUAUCACAUAGUCCACAUUUGCACUGAAAUGGCACCAGUGGUCUCAAUUGGACCUCUGGCACAAUAUAUUACAGGCUUAUCUUGUGCAUUGCAAAGGAAAGGAAAUCUCGUUGAGGUUAUUUUACCAAAGUAUGCUUGUCUAAACCUGGAUGAAGUUCAAGGGUUACAGGAAACUGGAGCAGAGUUUUAUUCAUACUUCAAUGGUCAAUUGCAUGGGAACAGAGUCUGGACUGGGGUUGUCUAUGGAAUUGGAGUUAUUCUUAUACAGCCUGUCGACCAUUCCUCAUUUUUCAGCCAUGAACGAGUAUACGGAUACAACAAUGAUUUUGAACGAUUUGCCUAUUUUUCUCGUGCUUCAUUGGACUAUAUAGCUAAAUCAGGAAAGCAGCCUGAUGUGCUUCAUAUACACAAUUGGGAAACUUCUAUUGUUGGGCCUCUGUUUUGGGAUGUUUUUGUCAAUCAGGGACUUGGAGGUUCUAGGAUUCUGUUGACUUGCCAAAGCUUUGAUUCCCAGUGUGUACAGCAACCUGAAAAGUUGGCACUCUGUGGGCUUGAUCCUUAUAGGCUGCAUCGUCCUGAUCGUCUGCAAGAUAACAAGAAGGGUCAUCUUGUCAAUGUUUUGAAGGGUGGAGUUGUCUACUCUAAUAAAGUCAUAGUAAUGUCAUCCAUGUGUUCAAAGGAACAGAUAAUUCGUGUCAUGGGUCAUGGUUUGGAGCCCACCUUAACCCUUCACAAGGACAAGGUGCUAAUUGCUCCCUUUGGAUUUGACAAAUCAACAUGGGAUCCUUCAGUAGAUAAGUUUCUUCCUCAGAAUUAUAGCCCUGAUAAUAUGAAGGGAAAAUCUGUAUGUAAAGUCUCCUUGCAAAAGCACCUUGGGUUAGAGGUGCAUGCAUCCGUUAUUCUUGUAGGGUGCAUUUUAUCAGACAUUUCAGAUAUUGAGGCGGAGAACCUCAAGACUCUUGUUUGGAUGGCUUUAAGGAGGGGUCUUCAGUUUGUCUUCAUGGCAUCCAACUCAAGUAUGGCAAUAAGUAGGUUAUUGGAAUAUUUUAAGGAAGAACUCAAGGAUGAAAAGAUUAGAUUCCUGAAUAAAUAUGAUGAAUAUUUAGAGCAUUUGGUACUAGCAGGGUCUGAUAUUAUGUUGUGCCAAUCUUUUGACGACUUAGUGCUGCAGGUACCGCUCAAGGCUAUGAAGUAUGGAGCUGCUUCUGUUGCAGUAAAUUUUACUGACAGCAAAUUCAGGCAAUUUAUGGAUCACGAUUUUGAGAAUACUGAAUUCUUGCGGUACAUCAACACUACCUAUGCAAACUUGUCGUUGAGCCAAGCUAUUGAUGAAGUAAAGAACCAUCCAUUGCAAUGGAACAAGAGAAUUAUGGAUGCCAUGUCAAAGGACUUUUCCUGGGACGCGGAGUGCUGCGAUUUGCAUAUUUCAGCAUAUGAUUCGGUAAUGAACUUGUGAACAGGAUUUCUGAAAUUAAAUUAAAUUAAUUUAAUUAUUUAUCAAGCCUUGAGCUGAGGUCGCUGUGUGUAUUUGUGAAGCAGUCAUGUGAUUGUAAUAUAUGAAGUAGACAGACAGGUACAUGCAUGCCCCCAAAAGGGCCAAAAAUAUGGAAUUAGUAGGGCUAGAAUAGCAGAUGCAGUAGCUACUGGUUUCUCAAGGAAUGAUCAAAUUUGAAACAGCAGAAA